CUAGCGCUAAGAUGGCUGCCAUGGUGCAACCGUACGAGUCACGAUAUCUGAUAGGCAUUCGUUAAUUGCUUGACACGUACCAUUAGCCUCGAAGGAUUCAUGGGAAUCCUUGAGGAAAGCACGCAGAUUAUAAGGCUGCAGCGAGCUAUACCCACUCGUCCCGCUACUGCGCCGUGCGACUGCAGUGUUUGUGAGCGGUGUGUACACAGCCUCGUUCUCGCCGCUAGCAUUCUUCUCGCGAAGCCGGUGCCGGUCAUGGCUGCUGUGUCGCGGUCGAUGGUGGUGUUGGCAGUGAUCGUUUGUAUUUUCGCAUGGCGCUGGGUGAUGAUGCGGGUCAACCAUUUACCACCCGUGACGGAAGGUUAUUUUCACCCUGCAUACCGACCGGUGGCGGAGCUGUUCAGGAAGUUCGUAGAAGAUGGUGUGGAACUGGGUGGUUCCUUCUCUGUCUACCAGCAUGGCACGCCUCUGAUAGACCUGUGGGGUGGCUACGCUGACGCCGAAAGUCAUCGGCCCUGGAGGGAGGACACACUGACGAUGAUAUGGUCGUCCACCAAGGGGGCCACGGCGCUAGCAGUCGCCAAACUCGUGGACAAAGGUCUGUUAGACUACAAGAAGGAGGUUUAUAAGUAUUGGCCGGAGUUUGCACAGAACGGCAAGUCCAGCAUCACUGUGGAGAUGCUGCUCAGUCACCAGAGUGGGAUGAACAGCUUGGGGAACCAGACCAUUUCUCUGCAUGACUACAUGAAUAACUGGACCAAAGUGGAGAAUAUAAUGGCUACAGCCCCGCCCGACUUCAGUCCAGGUACCCGCCUGUGCUACCAGUCCUUCACCUUCAGCAUGUACAUCGACGCUCUCAUUCGUCGGGUCGACCCUCAGCACAGAAACCUCUCUCAGUUUUUUCACGAGGAAAUCGCCCUACCCUACGGUAUCGACAUCUUCAUUGGACUGCCACAACCCUACUUCCACCGGGCGGCGCGUCAGAAGUUUCCUCCACAGUGGAAAUUGAUCACGUGGCUCUUCGACACUGUCCAUCGCCCAUUGCUAUUUGCGUUGCUAAACAAAGACUCUGUGGAAUAUCGAUCUGCACAUUCUGUCGAUAUCAUGGGAAAGUUCGAGGUUCUAAAUGACCCGCACAACGCUCAAGUGGGUUUGGGCUCCGCUAUUGGCUUCGGCACGGCACGUGCGCUCGCCCAGCUUUACGACUACAUUGCCAGCGGGGGCAGCGUGGGGAACCGAAUCCUCCUGCCCGCUGACAUCGUCAAAGAACUGAUGAAGUCGCGGACAGAUUCACUGCCCUCGAGACUAAAGUUCACAGUGGGCCUGAUGACAACAAAGAAUGUGGCUGAUGUCGACGUGUUUGGACACUCUGGGUUUGGAGGUCAGCAGGCUUGGGCGGACCCAGUAAAUAAACUGGGAAUCGGUUAUGUCACCAACCACCACUCUAUAAAGUACGCCUCGCCCAGCGAACACUACCUGGAGCUCUUGAAACUCUUCUAUGACUGUUAUAAGCAAGCGCACGCUAGCUAAUCAAAGACUGUAAACUUGGUUUCAACUUCAAGAUAUUUGUUUUUCAUUUGAAAAAAUAAAAAACAUAAUUUUCAAA